AUGAACUGUCACCCAACUACAAAAAUGGCUCCAAAAGGUAAGAAGGUUGCUCCAGCUCCAUUGGCUAACAAGACUGCUAAGUCUGCCGCUUCUAAGAACCCCUUGAUUGAAUCAACUCCAAAGAACUUUGGUAUUGGUCAAGCUGUUCAACCAAAGAGAAACUUGAGCAGAUUUGUCAAGUGGCCUGAAUAUGUUAGAUUGCAAAGACAAAAGAAGAUCUUGUCUUUGAGAUUGAAGGUUCCUCCAACCAUUGCUCAAUUCCAAAACACUUUGGACAAGAACACUGCUGCUGAAACCAUUAAGUUGUUCAACAAGUACAGACCAGAAACCUCUGCUGAAAAGAAGGAAAGAUUGACCAAGGAAGCCGCUGCUAUUGCUGAAGGUAAGUCCGCUAAGGAUGUCUCUCCUAAGCCAGUUGUUGUUAAGUACGGUUUGAACCACGUUGUCUCUUUGAUCGAAAACAAGAAGGCUAAGUUAGUUUUGAUUGCCAACGACGUUGACCCUAUUGAAUUGGUUGUCUUCUUGCCAGCUUUAUGUAAGAAGAUGGGUGUUCCUUACGCCAUUGUGAAGGGUAAGGCCAGAUUAGGUACCUUGGUUCACCAAAAGACCGCUGCCGUCGCUGCUUUGACUGAAGUUAAGGCUGAAGAUGAAGCUGCUUUGGCUAAGUUGGUCUCUACCAUCAACGCUAACUUUGUUGAAAAGUACGAAGACAGUAAGAAGCACUGGGGUGGUGGUAUCAUGGGUGCUAAGGCUCAAGCUAAGGCUUUGAAGAGAGCUAAGAGAUCCGACGUCCCAAUCGUUAAGAAGGAUUAG